CAUCCCACCCUUUAUCAAACCCAUCGUGCAUCCCUCUUCUCCUCUCAUCUUCACUGGACCGUCAACCAACCGGAUCAAAACACAGUAACAAUGGCCAUGUCCUUCGGUCGAUUCCUUGCUCGCAACAUUUUCACCUUGGCCAAGGCCAAUCCCCUUCCCCUCUGCCGUCUCCAUGCCAUCAACCGCUUCAUCGACAACCCUUUGAAGGCAGAAGCAAUUGGCAUCCGCAAUGCUUCGUCUAAAACCAAGACUGCCACGGCAGGUGCAAAGGGGACCGCGAAGGGGGUGCCUGCCGCCAAAAAAAAAAAAACUGCCGUGAAGACCACCUCGAAGAGAGGGACCGCUACCAAAUCGAAAUCCACUGCACUCAAGAAGAAGAAGCCGGUUGCAAAGAAGAAGCCGGCUGCAAAGAAGAAGCCGGCCGCAAAGAAGAAGCCGGCUGCAAAGAAGAAGAAGUCUACUAAGGAACUCACUCCCGAACAAAUGAAGCGCCAAAAAAAGCGUAUGCUCAAGGAACACGUUCUCGCGCCCCCUAAGGUCCCCGCGUCCAAUCCGUAUUCUACUUUCAUGUCUCUCGAAGGGGUCACCGUAGGUGCGGAUGCAGCCAAAAAGUGGAAGGCACUUACUCCUGAGCAACAGCAGGAAUACGCUGAAAAGGGCAGAAAUCUUCACGCCCUCGGUCUCCAGAAUCGUGAGAAAUGGGUCAAGACCUACCAUCCCCUCGAGGUUUACAAGGCCAACAAGGCCCGUAAACACCUCAAGCGCUUGGGUGGUGGUAAAAAAUUCGAUGUGCUCAAGGACCCUAGAAUGCCUAAGAGACCUACCCCUAUUGGUGCCGCAUUCCUGAGAGACCAGUGGAACGCUGGCACCUUUAUCAAUCCGGACGGGUCCAAGAUGCCUGCUGUUUUAGCCCUAAAGCAUUCUCGUGAUUUGUACGAAAAGCUGUCUGCUGCCGAAAAGAAGGUAUACGAAGAUCAGUUUGCGGCGGAACGAGCCGUCUACAAGAAGGCGAUGGCUGAAUUGUUCGGGGAUAUUUCAAAGCUUUAAUCGAUCAGAUUGAAUAACGUAGGAGGCUUGGACUGGAUGUACACGCUAGGACUUGCUUUUUUCCAUCCUUCUUUUUUCGUUCAUACGACUUCUCGUUACGAUCUAUCAUGUCGUAGACCUGGUCGUCGCUGUAGUUUGUUGUUGCUGUUGUAGCAGUGGUGGUGUCUCAUAGUCGUUGCCAGAAGUCUUUCUUUCCUUCUUCCUUUUGCCUUAUUUCCUCACUUUACCUCAUCUGGGGGGAAAGUAAGUAAACUGAAUCAGGACCAGCCAACCUUAGCUUUAGUGUCG